AUGAAGUUGGCACUAAGAGCAGCAGCAGCAGCAGUGGCCGACGCGCAGCAACAGCAGCAGCAACUCCGCAAGCAGCAGCAGCAGCAACACCACAAACAGCUCAUCGGCAACAGCACAAACAGCAGCAGCAGCACCACCGCAAGCACUAGCAGCGGCGGCAACACCGCAAGCACCAGCAGUAGCAGCAACACCGCAAGCCCCAGCAGCCACAAAGACACUGCAAGCAGCAGCAGCAGCAAUACCACAAGCAGCAGCAGCAGCAGCAAGGGGCGCUGCGGCGUGCGCAGGAGCAUCGACGUAGUGCGGGACCGGAUAAAGGCGUUUGCAAAAGAGCGAAGAGAUUUGCCUCUGGGGCGGCACAAAAUAAUAAUUUUAGACGAAGUGGAUUCUAUGACGGAAGCGGCGCAGCAGGCCCUGCGGCGCAUCAUGGAGCUGCACAGCGACACCACCAGAUUUGCUUUAGCUUGCAAUUCUUCUUCUUCAGUUAUUGAGCCGCUGCAGUCCCGCUGCGCCAUCCUGAGAUUCACGAAGUUGUCCGACGCCCACCUGGUGCAGCGGCUGCGAGAAGUCUGCGCUAAAGAAAACGUCACCUUUACAGAUGAUGGAAUUGAGGCCAUUGUGUUUUCAGCGGACGGAGACAUGCGCAGCGCUCUGAACAACCUGCAGUCAACUGUGUCAGGAUUUGGCCUCGUCAACAAAGAAAACGUUGAGAAGGUAUGCGACACGCCGCCUCCAGAAAUGCUGCGGCGCAUAAUGCAGCAGUGCGUGGCCGGGGACUGGUACGGGGCACAGUCAGUGGCCCGAGUCAUCCUCAGUCUCGGCUAUACCCCCCUUGACGUCGUCACAACUUUCCGCGGAGUCCUCAGGCGUGCGGACUCUGAGCUUCAGGAGCAUCUGCUACUUGAGUUCUUGGGGAUCGUAGGCAUGACGCACAUGACGAUGGCCGGGGGACUCUCCACAGAGCUUCAGAUGGAGAAGAUGCUUGCGCAGCUCUGCAAAGUUGCUAUUUCCUUCCGCCCCUCUGUGAAGUACUAA